AUGGCGGCAUUUGGCUUCAACCCAGCUUCGGCAGUGAAGCUGCUGUUGCUGGCGCUGCUGAUACCGCCAGUCUCGCGCUACUUCGCGGGCAGGUACUACACCCUGUCGCGCAUCUACGCCAACCGGCCGCACAAGCUGCCGCCCGUCAACGCGUCCUUUGUGGCGACCACCGAGGCGGGCGGCAGCGGCGGCCGUCACGCCGUCUUGUUCGCGGACCGGAUCCGGAACUGCGAGGACGGGUUCGUGGUGCCCGAGCUCGGCGUGGCGUUUCUGAGCUGCGACCCCGGCCGCGACGGCUGGAACACCGUCAUGGGCGCCUUCGCCGAGGACCAGGACGCCAACCCCGGCGGGCAGAUCUGGCUGUACCGGUACGCCAAGGACGUGGUCGCCGCAGACGACGACGCGACCAUGAGGCUGCAGAGGCUCGGCCUGUCGGGCUUCCCGGAGCCGAACAAGUUCCACCCCAUCGGCAUCGCCUACGACCACCCGACGAGGACGCUGUUUGUGCUGAACAAUGACGUGCGGGGCCCGCGGUUGGAGGUGUUUCGCUACAAGCCGUCGAUAAUCUCGCCGGUGCUCAAGCACCUCGGGACCAUCGAGGACCCGCUGAUAUACUCGCCCAACUCGGUCGAGGUGGUCAGCAGCACCGAGCUCUACAUCACCAACGACCACCGCUUCCCGGCGCGCUACCACCCGACCCUGUCCACCCUGGAGAACUAUUUGCUCUUUGCAAAGGGUACAGUCGUGCGGGUGAAGCUGUCGUCCAAGCUGUCGACCAUGGAGUCCAUCCGCACCGUCGCAUCGCUUCCGUUCGCCAACGGCAUCGCGCGCCUCAACGAGUCCACCAUGGUCGUGGCCUCGACCAACACGGCCAGCAUUCACUUUUACAGCAUGCCGGCUGCGGCAGCAGCAACAAACAAAGAGGAGGACCAAGGAGAGCAGCUGCCGCUCACCGGCGUGGUCAAGUUGCCAUUCUUGCCGGACAACCUCUCGGUGGACGAAAAGGGCAAGUUAUUGAUCGCGGGACACCCAUCGCCGCCGGAGCUGACUCAGGUCAGCCGAUCCCGGGCGCUGUGCCAGGACGAGCGGGUGCGGAACCCCAAGGCCGAGGACCCGAAACACUGCCGCAAAGCCAUGGCGCCGAGCUGGGCCGCCGAGUGGACAGAAGCCGGCGGCUUGAGGGAUCUGUACGUCUCCAGAGGCGGGGAGGCGGGUGGCUACGGGACGACUGCAACGGCUGUGAGGGACUCUGCGAGAGGAGUUGGGUUUCUGACUGGGCUUUAUGACGAGGGGAUUUUGGUCUGGAGGGAACGAGCUGAGCGCAGUAGGUGAGGAAGUGAUGGACACCUAGGAAACAAGUGGGCUAUUGUCAAGGUAGAUCGAUAGUCACGCGACAAGGAGUUUUGAAG